AACUGUUUAAAUAUUAACUUUUAAAAUUAUUAUUUUUGUUUUUAAUAUAUAGGUUUCGAUUUAUAUAAAUGGAGAAAUCGGCUACAAUUUGUGUGAUUCUCUAUUUGCUUUUACAGAGCGCCCCCUCAUUGUCGUCUUUUGGUUUAGCCCUACUAAAACGGGUCAACAUUUUGUUUAAUACACAGAAGCUAUGGAUCAGUGUGUCAAUGUGGAGAGAGAGUUGGAGAAAGUGCUCCAGAAAUUCGCCAGCUAUGGCCAGCACUGCGAUAGAACUCUGGAGGAACUGAUCGAAUACACCAGCGGCUUGAAACAGGAAAUAUCGCAGACUGGAGAUCGGGAUGUUGAAUUCUCAGGAACACUUUCUCUCGUCCUAUCGCAAUGCUGUAAGAGGAUAAAAGACACAGUACAGAAACUAGCGUCAGACCAUAAAGACAUUCACAGCAGCGUCUCUCGAGUAGGAAAAGCCAUUGACAAGAAUUUCGAUUCAGAUAUCAGCAGUGUUGGCAUAGAAGGAUGCUGGCAGUCUGAAAGCCAGCGGAUUCUCAGUGAGGUUAUGGUGGAGCACUUUUUCAGACAAGGUAUGCUGGAUGUGGCUGAGGAAUUGUGUCAGGAAGCUGGACUGUGCAUAGACCCAAGUCAGAAGGAACCCUUUGUAGAAUUAAACAGAAUACUAGAAGCACUUCGAGUGAGAGACUUAAGACCUGCCUUAGAGUGGGCAGUGGCGAAUCAGGAAAUGCUUAUGGCCCAGAAGAGCUCCUUAGAAUUCAAACUGCACAGAUUGUAUUUUAUCAGCCUGCUAAUGGGGGGUACAGCCAAUCAGAAAGAAGCACUGCAGUACGCAAAAAACUUUCAACCUUUUGCAGUAAACCACCAAAAAGAUAUCCAGGUCUUAAUGGGAAGCCUAGUGUACCUGCAGCAGGGGAUUGAGAACUCUCCGUACGUUCACCUGCUGGACUCCAAUCAGUGGGCCGAUAUCUGUGACAUUUUUACCAGAGAUGCCUGUGCUCUCCAAGGCCUUUCUGUUGAAUCUCCGCUCAGUGUCAGCUUUUCAGCCGGCUGUGUAGCACUGCCAGCUCUUAUAAACAUUAAAGCAGUCAUCGAACAGAGACAGUGCACUGGAGUGUGGAACCAGAAGGACGAAUUGCCUAUUGAAGUUGAACUUGGUAAAAAGUGUUGGUACCACUCAGUGUUUGCUUGCCCUAUUCUUCGGCAACAAACAACAGAUAACAACCCACCUAUGAAACUGGUGUGUGGCCAUAUUAUUUCCAGAGAUGCUUUAAAUAAAAUGAUCAGUGGAAGCAAGUUGAAAUGUCCUUAUUGUCCAAUGGAGCAGGUUCCAGGAGAUGGGAAGCAAAUAUACUUCUAAAAUGUCCUAAAUCAAUGUGUUAAUGGCCAUUAACUUUGAACAAGCUGCUUAAUGAGUAUCUGCAGAAGUAAUUCAGUUUUAUGGGAAGGUUUGCCAAUAUUGAGUAACAGUGUGCAGAAGCCAGAGAAAAUAUUAGUGGCAAUAGGGCUUUAACCUUGAUCUGCAUACACUGAUCAAGUUAAUACACCAGCACUCCCUAUGAAAGGCAAUUAUUUAUUUGUAUUUUAAGCUAAAUUAAAUUUGUGUUUGGAUUUUACAUUAUGGAGGUAAUGUUACCACCCAAAUUAACUUUUUUCUUGUAUUAUCACUGUAUCAUCACAUUGAUCAAUUGUAAGUCAUCUUUUGAGGAUUAGUGUGGAAUGUUUUUUUUUUCUUUUCUUUUUUUAAGUGUAUAUAACAGUAUUUAGAAAACUAUAAUGGAUACAUAGCAAGUAUUGCUGCAGAGUUUGCUUAUCUAAUUUGUAUUUUCUGGUGAUAGAGCAAGCUGUGAAAUGCUUUGACUUAUGUUUUUUUUUUUUUUUUCCCUCCCAGUCUUUAAAAAAUUAAAAUUAAAAAAAAAAAAGAAAUUUCAAAAAAACUGUACAGAACCAAGUUAAUAUUGGAGCAUUUGGAGCUUAGGUAUUUAAAUGUAUUGCUAAUUUAUAUGAGUGUAUGCAGUUUAUAUUAUCUUACUGGAGAAGAGUGGCAUGUAUGGUUUCUUUGCUCUGAUAAUUAAAUAAUGUUAUAUGUGUAAUGCCAUCUAUUAAAGAUAUACUUUUGAAAAAUG